AUGGUACCAAAACACCCACGCCCCGCCACCGAACUUUUUAACAUCCCUGGUCAGCCGGAUGCAAAGCUUUACACUCAUGCGUCCGCGAGUGAAGGCUCAAACCGAUUGAUCUUCCUAGCGGGCCAAUGGGGCAUGCGUAAUGGAGUGUUUGCCUCAACACUAAAGCAGCAAGUCGAAGAUUCCUUUACGAACUUGAGAGAAGCAUUGAACGCAGCCAGCGCCAGCGCCCACGAUGUUGUUAAACUCACGUUUUAUGUGGUCGAUUGGCCAUGGACGGAAAAAGAAAGCUUGGUAGAACCUUGGCUGAAGCUUUUCGUGCAAUGCAGCGACAAUUACAGGCCACCUACAACUGUGAUUCCCGUCUCUAAGCUGGCGCAACCCGAAGCAAAGUUUGAGGUUGAGGCAAUCGCAUCGAUUGGUGGCCGCUCUAAACUGUUCAACUCGGAGCUACGACAUACUGCGCAGCCAAACAAUAUGAUCAAUGUGGAUGUUGUCAUUGUUGGGGCAGGAUUCAGUGGCACGCAAGCCGCCCAUGAUUUGUCCUCUGCUGGCUUCAAUGUUGCGCUGCUCGAGGCCACUCAUCGAGUCGGCGGGCGAAGCAAAACAGUGCGACUCGCCAGUGGACCAGGUGUGGCGGAACUGGGCGCAACUUGGAUCAAUCAGCACACGCAGCCAAAAAUCUAUGCCACAGUUAAGAGGUUGGGCCUUCACCCAGUACAGCAAUACCUGGAAGGUGACGGAGUCUUGCAAGCCAACGAUGGCAAGGUUUAUCGCUUCGGCAGCAAUGAUCAAGUUGGAAACAGCCCUGGUCUGUCUAGCGAAGACGCGAAAUCCUUCCAAGGACUGGUCGAAGCAAUUGACCACGAGACCGAGAAUAAUGCAUCCCUGGACAUUAAUAAUACAGGUAGCUUUCCCGGCCAAGACGACGUGUCGGCGCUUGAGUGGGUGAAAAGAAAGAAGCUGGGUGACUUUUCUCUUCAUGUAAUACGAGGCAUCACGACAGCGAUGGUUGGAAGAGAGCCAAACGAGAUCGGUAUUCACUAUUUGCUCGAUUACAUCAAGUCUGGGGGAGGCUUCACUAGCCUGACCAGCGAUGACGAGAAGGGGUCUCAACAGAUGUUUAUCCGUGAAGGGACUUCGGCAAUUGCGCAUGGCCUCGCAGCUGAGCUUCGUCCUGGAUCAGUAAUUGUCAACUGCCCGGUUGAUGAGAUUCAUCAACAUGGCAAAGAUGUCAUUGUGACUACAGCAACAGGAUAUCAAUUCUCAGCAAAGAAAGUGAUUGUGGCUGUACCCACCAAUACAUACGGCAAAAUUCAAUUUACACCUCCGCUGCCAAACUCCAAGCGAGCUCUUGCCAGUGAGACCUUACCGGGUGUUUAUGCUAAGGUCUUACUGACUUAUGCCAGUCCUUGGUGGCGAGUGAUCGGUCUCAUGGGCAAGUUUCGCAGUCAGGUUGGCCCAAUUUGUUUCUCCUGGGAAGUGUCCAACUUUGAGGACAAGUCGUUCACCCUGGCGCUGUUUAUUGCAGGCGACAGAGCCACCCAGUGGUACGGACUGUCGCCUUUGAGGCGACAGCAAGCGGUCAUUGAGCACUUGGCUGAGCUUGUCGGCCCAGACCAUCGCCAUCUGGCAUUGGAUGUGCUUGAAUAUAACGCUGGUGAAUGGGUGGAGGAAGAGUGGAUGGGUGGCGCGCCAACUUCUGCGAUGCCUCCGGGCUACCUCUCCAAGUAUGGCGAGGAUUUGAGAGCUCCAUUUAGGAAUGUUCACUUUGCUGGUGGCGAAACUGCUAGAGAGUGGAAGGGUUACUUGGAGGGCGCUCUGCGUGCCGGCAGUCGGGCUGCGGAUGAAGUGAUCGAGCUGCUUGGGAAGCCUCAAAACAAAUAG